GCUGGUCCCACAGGUGUGACCUGGGUCCCUGUACGGCCUCCCAUUGCUUCCACUCUGCCAUGUGCCCACUUUGACAAUCUCCUCACAGGCCUCCUGCGGUUGUCCCAUUUUGUCAUAGGUUGCUGGCAGAUUAUUCGGCCCUCAAAUGCCAUAUGGUGCACGCCAGGCCCCAUAUCGUACCAUGGGCCCCCGAAACCUCCUGGUCACGCUGCUUGCUGAGUCCCACAGUGUGACCUGGUCCCUGUACGGCCUCCAUUGCUUCCACUCUGCCAUGUGCCACUUUGAAAUCUCCUCACACUCCUUGCGGUUUCUGUGGUCAUAGGGUUGCUGUAUAGGAAUCCCAUUGCUGAAAGCCUCCACCGCCUCACUGUGGCUCCAAACACAGGUUUUGGCCCCGUGACUGGCCA